AUGGCCUCCGGCUCAAUAUUCACCUUCGCCACGGACCCCCAACGGGUCUCGUCCCCAUGGCUAGCUCCUGAAGACCCUGGGAGGAGGCACAAGUCUGACAACGGACAAGUCCAGCCUGGGCACCUCUCAGACUAUGGCGUUACCAAGUUGGAAGCAGAGCCGCAAGAAGGUCCUACUGAAUACAAACUUCACCUCUUAUUGCGACCAAGGCGGACGUACACCAUUAUGAGCACCAUCUCUUCGGCCCAGAACUCCAGGAUCCCCGCCAGUCGCUCCAAAAUUGCAUCCGCAGCCCUAUCGGCCUCCAGUCAGAGUCGGCAAGUCCGCCUACAGCAAUUGACGACGCAAUUGCUUUGGAGACUUCAGCAAUCAUGCGCUUACCAUGCGUUAAACCCCAAGGACCUGAUUAUUCCAAAAUUACCCAAUGAUACAGAUGACUUGAGCGAGGCGAUGACGCCUCAGAAGCCUCUCCCCGGUUUGGAAGAAUCUCGUGGAGCGUUGUACGAGAUUGGCGUUGCCGAUGAUGGCACUUUGGUAGGUCUUACCAAAGACGAAAUGAACGAGAGCAUCACGACAUUGAAGGUUAUGGCAGCUACGUUGGGCUGCCGCGUUGAGAUUCUACGCCAUGUGAUUGUCGGCGAGUGCGAGUGGCUAGAGACGUCCGAGUUGGUGGAUAGUAUGGCAACUCAACCUGUUCAAAUCUCCCGACGGGCAAGACUAUGGGUUAUGGAGGCUCUCGUCACUCCCGACUACUCAACGAAUAACGCUCAUGCAGGUGACUUGGGAGAGGGGCACUCCGAAGUCAAAGAGUCACCAAGGGCUACCGAGCCUGUUGUGCAGCCAAGUAGAGGGCGUUCUACCACGGACCAGCUAAGGAUUACGCUCACUGGACCAACAACGUCUGGAAAGUCCACUUUGCUGGGUACUUUGUCCACGGGAACCGUCGACAACGGCCGAGGGAAAAGUCGAAUCAGUCUGUUCAAACAUCGGCAUGAGGUCGCGUCGGGGCUCACUAGCUCAGUAGCACAGGAACUCAUCGGCUACAAAGACUGCGCCAUAUUCAACUAUUCGCAAGAUCAUGUCGAGUCGUGGAUAGAUAUACAUGACAGUGCCGAGAAUGGUCGUCUGGUUUUCGUCUCCGAUUCCGCUGGCCAUCCCCGUUACCGCCGGACCAUCCUUCGCGGGUUGUUCGGCUGGGCUCCACAGUGGACAUUUCUAUGUCUGGCGGCAGACGAUGGAGAUGCGAGUUCGACAAAAGAUGGAGCGAGUUCCACCGCUAACGACGUCCUUGGAGUCGCAGGGGCUGGCGUUGAUCUUGCCAAAGCUCAUCUGGAAUUAUGCCUGAAAUUGAAGACUCCUCUGGUCAUUAUCAUCACAAAGCUGGACCUCGCAACCAAAGUCAGUCUGCAGCGAACCCUUGGGCAGCUCUUGACGCACAUCAAAGCAGCGGGAAGAGUCCCCAAGAUCCUCCAGCCAGCCCAAGGCAGCGUUCAAGAAUGGUCGGCUGUUCCUCCUGCAGACCUCGACAAGGUGAAGGCUGUCACGAUGGAGAUGGAGCGGAAUGGAGACCUCCUCAAGUUCAUUCCCAUAGUCCUUACUAGUGCUGUCAGCGGUGCCGGUAUUGGGAUGACACAUGCUCUCAUGGAGAACGUUCCCCUACCCCCAGUCCCUACUGCUAACGAUUAUGUCGGGAUGGCAUUGAAUCCUGAACAGCCUUCGUGCUUGUUCCAUAUCGACGACACUUUCAGUCUUCCUGCGUCUUACGCCUCUCUUGCCGAGAAUCCUAACCAGAAUGACAUGGGAACGGUUGUAUCGGGAUACCUGCGAUUUGGCCAGCUAUCGGUCGGAGACAGCAUCGUUAUUGGACCGUUUCCCUCCGGCGAGGAUGACUUUAAAGGCAUGACGCCAGAAGACCGGGCUUCUCCUGGCAAUUACGGAUUGUCAAUAUCCCAUCCUUCGUCGGCAGAGCUUGCUAAAAUUGCCAUUCGCAAUACAGUGGCAGCCUCUACAAUUAAAGAAGAAUGGCAUAGAGCCAAAAUUGUCAGCAUACGCAAUUUACGGCUGCCCGUCAACACCCUAGAAGCUGGUCAAGUCGGCACCAUUGGGCUUGUCCUGGAUAUCCCUCAAGAGAAGUCGGCAGAGGCAGCUUUCGAAGUACCAUUGGCGGCUUCUCGAAUCCGGAAAGGCAUGGUCCUGGCCAUUCCAUCCAAACAUAUGGCAGACACCGGCAUGUCCCUCCAGGCAGCUAGUGGACUCACGGUUUCAUUCCAAGAUCCGAACACUGCAUCGCUGGCGUACGGUUCUCUUGUCAAUGUUUAUGUUGGCAGUGUCCGAGCAGCGGCCCGAGUGAAGGGGGUUUCCAAACUACCCUCAAAGGAUGACUUGAAGGCACUCAAACCUGACGAGACUGAAGACAUCUUCGACAUGAAUGAACAUGACGAACCAGCCCCUACCGAUGGCCUGGAGUUCUCGGAGGGCGUUCAGGUGACCUUGGAGCUGCUGACUAGUCGGGAAUGGGUCGAAAUGGGCUCGCAAAUCCUUGUGCUCGAGGGAGGUCGCAAUGAUAGAUCCGGCUUAGAGGGGUUCGUCGGCACUGUUGUCGAGAUUGUCGAUUGA